AUGAAUUCAAAUACAAUAUCCAAAUUAUUAAGUAUUGUAAAUGAAAUGAAAGAGCGUCCAUUAUGCCAACUAUUUCAAAAAUUCGAUACAGAUAUACCAUUUCAAAAAGGCGGACAUACAUUUCAACUUUCAAAUUUUAUUUCAUUUGAUAAGAUUAUUCAGAAGUUAAACUCCAACCAAUAUAACAACAAAGAAGAAUGGUAUGAUGAUAUGAAGAAAGCUAUAUAUCCUCAUUGGGAACUUCAAAAUUUAACAAAAGAAGAAACUGAUUUAUGCAAAAAACUUAAUCGUGAAUUAAACCAUAUGCUAGAGAAACAUGUUGCUGGUUUAGGCCUUCUUCCUUCAACAAAAUGGGGCGAUAUUAUUUUUAAUUUUCAAGACACUUUACAAUGCGUUGUUGCUGAUUCACCAAAAGUUUUCCAAAUACCAAACAGAUUAAUUGUUAGAAAACCUAAAGUUCCUUCAUUGCCAAUUCGUGGCUAUGAAGAUUUAACAAAGGCAAUUGCAAAAUAUCCUCAAGAGAAAAUACCAGAAAUAUUAGAAAUAAUAAAGAAUAAUGAACCAGAUAUUAAAAUCAACGAUAAUGGCGAGAAUACAAUUGAAUUGAUGGAUCUCAAGGUUAAUACAAUCAGAGAAAUACGAAAACACCUCAAUAAGUUUUUCAAGAAACGCCAUAACGAGAAAUAG